AUGCGCUUCUCAACUUCCCUGGCGCUUCUUGCGUGCGCUGAACUGUCAAAAGCACAGUUUGGCGUCAAGUACGACCAGUAUGGCGGCAGCCCGCCCGUGUACCCAUCCCCUAUUCUGGCAGCACACACAUCUGGAGCUGGAGGAUGGGAAGGUGCUUUGGGUAAGGCCAAGGACUUUGUUGGCAAGCUUACACCAGAAGAAAAGGCAAGCAUGGUAACUGGCACACCUGGCCCCUGCGUUGGCAACAUUGCUCCGAUCCCGCGCCUCAAUUUCAGCGGGCUAUGUCUUCAAGACGGUCCAGCUGCCAUCCGCCAGGCUCUACUUGCCAGCGUCUUUCCGGCUCAGCUUCACUUGGCCGCCAGCUGGGAUCGUGAUCUGGUCCGGAGGCAAGGUGAGCUGAUGGCGCAGGAGUUCAGAGGAAAAGGAAGCCACGUGGUCCUGGGUCCUGUUGUCGGACCGUUAGGGCGCUCUGCAUAUGGUGGUCGCAACUGGGAAGGCUACUCUCCCGACAAGUAUCUCUCGGGCGUUCUGGUGGAACAGACGGUCCAGGGAAUACAAUCGACUGGAGUCCAGGCCUGCACCAAGCACUUCAUUGGCAACGAGCAAGAGACUCAACGGUACCCAAGCGACUCGAACGGCGUACGGAUAGAAGCCGUUUCGUCCAACAUGGACGACCGGACCAUGCACGAGACUUACCUCUGGCCUUGGUACAACGCCAUCAAGGCCGGCACCGCAUCUGUCAUGUGCUCCUACCAGCGGCUCAACGGGAGCUACGCCUGCCAGAACAGCAAGGUCCUCAACGGUCUGCUUAAAGGCGAGCUCGGUUUCCAGGGCUAUGUGAUGUCUGACUGGGGGGCAGUCCACGCCGGAGUCGCGUCGAUCGAAGCCGGUCUUGACAUGAACAUGCCCGGUGGUCUUACCACCAAUACGGUUGGGGACGCAUCUUUCUUUGGCGGCAAUAUCACCUCCGCGCUCAAGAAUAAUACACUUGCUGUAGAGCGCGUCAACGACAUGAUCGAGAGGCUCAUGGCGCCCUACUUCCACCUCAAACAGGAUCAGGGCUUUCCCCCUGUGGACGAAACAGGCCCCAAGAUUCCCGGCAGCUUUAGCACUGGAGCCUGGUUGCACAACUACACGCUCGGUCCGCUGGUUGAUGUACGUGCCGACCACGGAGCCUUCAUUCGCGAAGCUGGUGCGGCUGGCACCGUCCUCCUGAAGAACACCAAAAAGGUCCUCCCGCUCAAGAAGCCUAAAAACAUCGCCGUCAUUGGUAACGAUGCUGCAGAUUUCACCGUAGGAGGGUACACGGCAGGGCUCAACAUGUCAGGUUUCAGCAACUACGACAUUGGCACCCUGCCAAUCGGCGGUGGCUCCGGAACCGGACGCUUCAGCUAUGUCGUGUCGCCCUUGGAGGCGAUCAAGGCGCGUGGGAGGGACUACGGUGCCCUGGUGCAGUAUUUUACAGACAACAAAUUCAUCCUCGCCGGCGGGCUUAACAACUUGUAUCCGCAGCCGGACGUGUGCCUCGUUUUUGUCAAAUCUUGGGCCGAAGAAGGAAAGGACAGAUUCUCUCUGCUGCCGGAAUGGGACUCGACCAAGGUGGUCGAGAUGACCGCCCGGAGGUGUAGCAACACGGUCGUCGUCGCCCACGGAGCCGCACCCAACGUCUUCCCCUGGCGCGACAACGAGAAUGUCACCGCCAUUCUUGCAGCGCACAUGCCCGGCCAGGAGACGGGCAACGCCAUCGCGGACGUGCUCUUCGGCGACGUCAACCCGAGCGGCAAGCUCCCCUACACGAUCGCAGCGAGCGUCGACGACUACGACAAGAACCUCGUCAACAGCACCGAGCUGCUGCAGUCAAGGGACGCCAACAUCUGGCAGGCCGACUUUGUCGAGGGCCAGCUGAUCGACUACCACGCGUUCGACGCGCACAACAAGGCGCCCGCCUACGAGUUCGGCUUCGGGCUCAGCUACACGACCUUUUCCCUCUCGGACCUCAAGACCAACGCAUCGGCGUCCAACGCCCCACGCACGCCCUCGACCGACGCCAAAGUUCCGCCCGGCGGCAACGUCGAGCUGUGGGACGUGCUGGCGACGCUGACGGCCACGGUCAAGAACACGGGCGACGUCGCGGGCGCCGCGGUGCCGCAGCUGUACAUCUCCCUGCCGGCCGGCGAGGCGGGGAACGGAACGCCGGUGCGGGGUCUUCGCGGGUUCGACAAGAUCAAGCUCGGCGCCGGCGAGGCCAAGGCCGUGACGUUCCACCUCACCAGGAGGGACUUGAGCUUCUGGGACACCAAGGCGCAGGCUUGGAAGCUGCCCACAGGGGCCAUCGGUGUCGAUGUUGGGUUUAGUUCCCGAGACUUGAUACUGAAGGGAGAGAUCAAGGUUUAA